UUUUUUAAUUUUAUUUCAGCUACUUUUAUUGAAUAUAUUUUAAUCUCAAUUUACUUUUUAAAAUCAUUUAUUUGGGUGGAGACUAGUAAUUCUUCUUUAAAGUGCACUAGCACUUCAAGUAAUGUGAAUAUGUCGAAAACCGUUAACUUUGCUUCACCGAAUAGUCCUCAAGUGCAGUCUAAUACGCCAUCUGACUCGGCCUCGAUUGACGGAAUUUCCAAAUGUCCAGGUUGUGAACAUUUGAAGAAGGAACUUAAAUUGACGAAAGAGACUUGGAAGAAUUAUUGCAGAUCCGAAGUGAUGAAACAUACUAAAAUGGCUAGGGAUCGUUAUGAAGCCGAAAAGAAGAAUAAUAUUUCAUUGACAAAUAAGAUAACUGAGCUUUCGAAUGAUAUCAAAGUAAAGCAAAAAUUAUUUUAUGACGCCAAUGCCGAUCUUGUCAAAGAAAGGGAAGUUAAUGAGCAACUUAUCAAAGAGAAUAAUGUUCUUCCAUUAACUCUCGAAAGAGCUACUGAUUUAAUUUUGGAGAACAAGCGAUAUAGAACUGAGGCCGAAGAAUUUUUUCUUGAAUUUAACAAUUUGCUUCAAAAAUCGUUAAAUGACGUCACUUGUCAAACUGACCUUUCUGGAGAUAAUGCAACAAAUAUCUUCGCUCAUAUUGGGGAAGUUAUCAUUAAAAAAGCUCAAUUAGAUGAUGCAAUUGCUCGUCUUUUAGAGGUUGCCAAGCCAUCAAACUUUUCUGUUUCUGUUCCAAAUGAAAUUCAUUUUAUUGGCGAAAAUUUUCCGGACUCAACUUGCGUCAAGCGUAGAUUAGAAAGAUAUGACACUUUAUCUCCUCCGUCAUUGGAACAAAAUGAUGGUAAUGUUACUUGUAAUGGUGCUUAUGAUUCUGACAUUGAAUUUCUGGAAGAAACCCAAACUCAAGGACCAAAGGCUUUUACUCCCGAGAAGAAUGAUGGUGUUGGGUUGUCUCACAAUCAGCCAAAUUCUGGCAAAUCGCGUAGAACUAAAAAGCGUCGUCUUUUAUCUGGGAAAGAAAAUGAAGUUCUUAAUGGCGAUGCUGAGAUCCCGAUUUUAUUGAAUAACAGUACCGACAUUAACAGUGAAAGUUCAAAUACUCAUCGUAUGAUUAUAGCUUUGGACGAAUUUCUUAAAGAAUUUGGGUGUGAUCCGUCAAAAACUUCUUUGGACCUUGUAAAUGAAUUUCUUGCAAAAGAGUCUUUGUCAUCUACUUUUGAUUCUAUGGAUGUUGACUGUAUUAAGGAUGUUCUUAAGGAAUAUGCUGACGAUUAUUUAGAUGAAUUGAGGAAGAAGUAG